CAAAAAAAACACUAAACCAUAUCCGAAAAGAACUCAAACUGAACAAAUAGACAGGAAGGAGGAAGGUGCCUUUAUAACCCUUCCUCUUUCUUUUUCUUCCUUGGCUCUCUCUUUUGAGAAAGUUCCAUUACAAUACCUUCAUCAUUUGCUUUCUUCAUGCAUGCAUUUUCAUGCAUGCAUGUCUCAUAUUUUCUAUUACCAACCACCAAUCCACCCUGAAAUUUCAUUUCUCAGAGGGUUUCAAUUCAAGAUAAGCAAUAAGCAUGGCUACCGUGGGGUUCUGCGGUUUAAAGCCAUUGCUCUUCCGUCGCAAGACUAGUAUUUUAGAGGGACUGAAAGUGAUAAAAGGCUCUAGCACGCCCAAGAAAUCUUCAAAGGCUCAGAGCAAAGAAAAUGGAGAAUCAAUGGAGUUGUCAUUUGUAGGAGCAGACCAAUUGAUUUUAAUGGUUGAGAUUCAUAAGAAGAUCAUGGCUUUCAGAGACAUCAUGGACUUAGCUCCAUGCAAUAGCUCUGCUUCCUUGCAAGAGAUAGUUAUGAGAACCCUGCAAGAUCUGCGAAGGCUUUAUCCAGGGAUCAUAACAAAAACUCAAGUGUCAAAGAUUAAGGGCAAGUCUAUAGAUCAGGCUAUGGCCUACUUCUGUGAGGCUUUGAAGUCUCUUGGAGAGUCAUGGAUGAUGGAUAAUGAUUGGAUGGAAAAGUUCAAUAUUGUGUUACCAACUUGCAAGGAUAACACCAAUAUGCGUCAAUUGGGUGAAACUAUGCUGGUGACACUAGAUUACUUGAUGAAGUUAGCAAGUGAGAGGUUUGACAUAGAAGAAGAUGAACAAAAGAAAGAAUUCAGUCCAAGGUCAAGCUCAUUUGGAAAAUUCGUAAUGAGAUCCUCUUCCUUUUCAGAGAGUAGUUUCUCAUGCUGCUCUUCACCUCUCACACCAAGAACUGUGCUCCCUGAAUUCAUGAAAUACUCUUCAAGACCUGGAGAAAGUCCAAGAAGUUCUUGUGCAUCACCACUUCUUUGGUCGCUCAGAGUUCAAGCUGUUGGAAAGUUGAGCCCAAUUGAUGUUAAGCGUUUGUCUUUUCAUAUGUCUCCUACACAUAUUGAUAAGAUAGAUGGGGAACCAAUCACUGAAAUGGAAGUCAUUGAUGAUAAGCCUACACAUCAUGGAAAAGAUACAUCAUCAGAAGAACUUGUGUUAGAUUUGGACACAAAUGACCAUGAUCUUAAAAGAACGGUUAAACUUGAUCAAGCUGUGGAGGAAGUGGAGCUACCACUAUCUCCUACACCAACAGAAACACCUUCUCUUUCUCUUCAACAACAAGAACCUGUUCCUGUUUCAUCACCCCCACCAUUACCACCCUCACCACCGCCGCCACCCCCUAUGCUGCAACCAAAUGUGGCAGUUCCACCACCUUUAGCUCCAACUCCACCUCCACCUCCACCGUCAGCACCCCAAUUGCAGCAAAGUGCAGAUGCAGUUAAGAAGCCACUACCUCCACCAACAGCUGCAACUGCACCUCCGCCACCACCACCACCACUUAUGAAAGGUGGAUCAGUUCCAGCACCUCCACCGCCGAUUCCCAGUGGAAACGGAGGAGGCGGGCCACCCCCACCACCUCCAGGUGGAGCAGGGAGAAACUUGCGCCCCAAGGCAACUACUAAAUUGAAAAGGUCGACACAACUAGGCAAUUUGUAUAGAACUCUUAAGGGGAAAGUGGAAGGACCUAGCCUACAUGGAAACUCAUCUGCUGCUGGGAAGAAAAGUGCCAUUGGAGGAGCAAGCACUGGUGGAAAACAAGGAAUGGCUGAUGCUCUAGCAGAGAUGACAAAAAGAUCCUCUUACUUCAUACAAAUAGAAGAAGAUGUUCAAAAGUACACAAAACAAAUCAUAGAGCUGAGAUCUAAAAUUACUAAUUUCAAGACAAACGACAUGACUGAAUUGAGCAAGUUUCACAAAGAUGUUGAAUCCAUUCUUGAAAAUCUAACUGACGAAUCACAGGUGCUAUCACGAUUCGAAGGCUUCCCCACAAAGAAGUUGGAAGCUAUUAGAAUGGCAGCAGCAUUGUUCAAUAAGCUGGAUUCAAUCCUUACUGAACUUCAAAAUUGGAAAGUAGUGACUCCCAUGGGUCAGCUCCUUGACAAGGUUGAACGUUAUUUCACCAAGAUUAAAACAGAACUAGAUGCUCUGGAACGAACCAAAGAUGAUGAGUAUAAGAAGUUUAAGGGUCACAACAUUGAAUUUGACUUCCACAUUCUUAUAAAGAUCAAGGAAGCAACGGUUGAUGUUUCCUCCAAUUGCAUGGAGUUAGCACUUAAGGAGAAGCGUGAAGAUGGUUGCAAGAGUGAUGGAGCAAAAAAGGAUUGUGGAAAAAUGCUUUGGAGGGCAUUCCAAUUUGCAUUUCGUGUCUACACAUUUGCCGGUGGACAUGAUGAUCGUGCUGACACGCUCACAAGAGAAUUGGCUAAGGAAAUAGAAAAUGACCCCAACCAUCCAUGAUUUUAUUAUGGAGUGAAAAUUGAUAUGGUGAAGUUCAUUAUGGAUAUUUACCCAACAUCAUGAACCCCCUUUUGUAGUUUCAAAGCCAUUUGUAUAUUAAAAAUGAUCAUUGGCGACUUGGAGUUACUCUUUUUUUUUUUUUUUCUUUUUUAUAGGAGCUAGUCAUCCUUGGAGAGUUUUCAAAACUCAUUUCAGGGACUCUACCGGAAGUACGAAGCUUAACUUGAAGCUUCACUGCUUUAGUUAAUUUGUUCUGUAUAUAUUGUGUUUAAGUAAUGGGUUCCCAUUUGUUUUAUUUAAGUUUCACUGCUUGUUCUAUUUGUACCAACCAGCAAAACACUAGUCUAAAUAAGAGACAACGAUAGAUAUUGAGAUGAAAUUGGAAUAUACGUAAUUUAUAGCAAUACUAAAGAAAAUUAAUUCAUUAAAGUUUAGCAUCAGCAAUGUUGUGCCUCAGAUGCCUUUCUCCAU